AUCAUGGUAUUUAUAAAUGGGAUGAUGGCGUCCGACCGCUGAUUAUUCUUUAUAUUCCCCCCUCCCCGAAAUGGCAAAUAGUUGAUAAUCUCCAGUGUAAAGUUAUUUCUACAUGAGUUAAAUCACCCCGAACAAUUACCGUGAACAUAAAUAGUUAAUAUAACCUGUGCAUCAAUCAGUCAUCAAUAUCAACCGAUAAAUUGGGUAAUUCUGUGAUCGAUUUGUCCCGAUAAACUGCCACGGUCAUCGUAUCAAAACACGAGCAUCAGAAGGGGACAGCGAAGGAAGAACAUCUUGACACGUUUUUUUAUAUAAAAAGAAGGAAAGAGAGAUUUAAUUCGUGGCAAGCCUGCCGCUAAAAUCUAGUAAAAUUUAUUUUCAAAAUGGCAGCUACGAGGAGAUUGCAAAAGGAGCUGGGAGACCUCAGGGCUUCGUCGAUGAAGAGCUUCACAAAUAUUCAAGUAGAUGAAUCUAAUAUUCUCAAUUGGCAGGGACUCAUAUUACCAGACAAUCCACCGUACAAUAAGGGAGCAUUUCGUAUUGAGAUUAACUUCCCGGCUGAGUAUCCAUUCAAACCACCGAGAAUAACGUUCAAGACCAAAAUUUACCAUCCUAAUGUUGAUGAGAAGGGACAGGUGUGUUUACCCAUUAUCACUGCUGAACACUGGAAGCCAGCGACAAAAACUGAUCAAGUCAUUCAAGCAUUAAUCGCAUUAGUCAACGAUCCCGAGCCCGAGCAUCCCCUUCGAGCAGAUUUGGCCGAGGAAUUCCUAAAAGACAGAAAGAAAUACUUGAAAAAUGCCGAGGAAUUUACAAAAAAACAUGCUGAGAAGAGACGAGAGCCAUCUUCAUCGGAAUAACCAUUUUAAUUAGCCGUUUACUCACCACGGAUGCCUACAGUCAGAACGAAGAAUAUCUGAUUCAUAAGAAUCGUGAAAUCCAGAAAGAAGUAAUUGGCUCACUGAAAAGAAAAACCAGGCAGAGAUAUAUCCCUUUUCCCACACGUGUACAGUAUUUGGUUUAUCGUCGAUGAAAAAACUUAAAAUUAUUUAUAAUGCAAGGAAAAAUCAUUUUAAAAAACAACUAAGGAUUAUAAUCGAUGUAUGAUAAACAAAACUGUAUAAAUACUAUGAUUUAGAUAAUAUCAAUUCAGUAGAAUAUUUCUAUAAUCAUUCGUAUUUGUCAUUGAUUAAAAUGGAUCUGUGGAAGAAGCAUUUUCAAUUGGCUCUGAUAUUAUUAUAGGAAAAUGUAUUAAUAUUAAUAACAGUUUUAUAAAAAUAAUUACCUAGAAAUUUCUCUCUUCAUUGAUAAAAAAAAGUUAUUCUUCCAUGUUAUAACAACAAAUGCCAAAGAGGAAAUCCUAUCUUUCUUCAUUCUACUCAUUCAAUGAGAAUUAAUUCGAUCCCUGUAGCUUCGAUACUCUCUUUAUUUUUCAUAGAAUAAAAUAACUGAGGCUAUU